GCACCGGGCAGGUCCGUGCCGGUCGUGACGUGCGUGCCGAGCUGUUCCGACCUGCCGUGAGCCGUGACCGUGACUCGGGAGUGCCAGUGAGAUAUGUGGGUCGCCGUGCCGCCCGGGAGAAGGGGCUCCGUCCCCUGACUUCCAUGUAGCCGGGGACCAGUGCGGUUGAGGCGGACAUGACAGGAUGCUGGAACGGCGUCGUGGCCUUACUGGUGGUCAGUCUAGCGUCAGGCGCCGGCUCCCAGCGUCCCACGGGUAUCAACAAGCGUCACGACGUCUACAUCGCCGGCUUCUUCCCGUUCGGCCGUCACGUGCCCGAGAGUAGUGUGGGUCGUGGAGUCAUGCCCGCCGUCAAACUAGCCGUGGACCACAUCAAUGAGAGCCCCCAGGUCCUCCGCAACUACCGCCUGCACAUGUGGUGGAACGAUACUGAGUGCAACGCCGCAGUGGGUGUGAAGGCGUUCUUCGACAUGAUGCAUGACGGUCCCCAUAAAGUCAUGCUCUUCGGCGCUGCCUGCACACAAGUCACCGACCCCAUCGCCAAGGCCUCCAAGCACUGGCACCUCACUCAGCUGUCGUAUGCUGACACACACCCGAUGUUUACUAGCCUUCAUUUUCCUAAUUUCUUCCGUGUGGUGCCUAGCGAAAACGCCUUCAACUUGCCCAGGUUAAAAAUGAUGCAACACUUCAACUGGAACAGAGUCGGCACUAUAUAUCAGAACGAGCCCAGGUACUCUCUGGCUCACAACCGCUUGGUCGCCGAACUCGACCAGAUGAACUUCACGGUGGCCGAGACGCAGAGCUUCGCCAAUGAGGUGGCCAAUGCGAUCCUUAAACUCCAAGAGAAGGAUAUCCGUAUCAUCCUGGGAAACUUCAACGAGAGUUGGGCUAGAUCGAUAUUUUGUGAGGCUUACAGGGUCGGGAUGGUGGGGAGGAAGUACCAGUGGCUGAUCAUGGGUACCUACGGCGAGAAGUGGUGGCAGGACGAGACUGCGCCUUGCUCCACGGAGCAGCUACAGGCCGCCCUAGAGGGCUGUAUCCUCACCGACCUCCUGCCCUUGGCGACCAGUGGGGAGAUCACCGUCUCGGGCAUUACGGCGGACGAGUACAGGCAAGAGUACGACUCGAGAAGAGGACAAGAGUACUCGCGGUUCCACGGCUACACGUACGACGGCAUCUGGGCGACGGCACUGGCCAUACAGCACGUAGCGCACAGGAUACGGCACUUCCGGAAAAACCAAACCGUCGUGGACUUCCAGUACAGAGACCCCCUCUGGGAGCAGCUCUUCCUCGAGGCUCUUAGGAACACUAGCUUUGAAGGCGUGACGGGUCCAGUGCGUUUCUAUGACAACGAGCGGAAGGCUAACAUCAUGCUCAAACAGUUCCAAAAUGGUGAAGAGGUGAAGGUGGGAGAGUUCAACGGAGUGACACAGCAGCUUGACCUGAGCAAGGGUCAGGGUAUCUGUUGGCCAGAAGGUCGUGGGCCACCCAAGGAUCGCACCCUGCAGCAGUUCGAGCACUCCCACGUAAACCUCGCCAUAUACGCGAGUCUAGCCGCUACUGCUUCGUGUGGGAUUAUCAUGGCCGCCGUCUUCCUAGUCAUAAACAUCAAGUACCGUAACCAGAGGUAUAUCAAGAUGUCCAGUCCGCACUUGAACAAUCUAAUAAUCGUGGGAUGCAUGCUGACGUACAGCAGCGUGAUAUUCUUGGGAAUGGAUUCGCGGCUGACGAGCGAACACGCGUUCCCCUACAUAUGCACGGCUCGAGCAUGGCUCCUGAUGGCGGGUUUCUCCCUGGCUUUCGGGGCGAUGUUCUCCAAGACUUGGCGCGUCCAUUCCAUCUUCACCGACGUCAAGCUCAAUAAAAAGGUUAUAAAAGACUAUCAGCUGUUUAUGGUGGUUGGGGUACUCCUCGUAAUCGACAUGGGGAUCAUGACCACGUGGCAAGUGACUGACCCGUUCUACAGGGAUACAAAGCAGAUGGAGCCAUAUUCCCACCCCCACAGCGAAGAUAUAAUAAUAAUUCCAGAGAACGAAUACUGCCAGAGCAAUCGUAUGACAAUCUUUGUCGGAUCCAUUUACGCUUACAAAGGACUGCUCAUGAUUUUUGGGGCGUUCUUGGCUUGGGAAACUCGACACGUGAGCAUACCCGCCCUGAAUGACUCCAAGUACGUAGGUAUGAGCGUCUACAACGUGGUGCUCAUGUGUAUCAUGGGCGCUGCUAUAUCCUUCGUCCUGUCUGACCAACAGGAUGCCUCCUUCGUCAUGGUCUCUAUCUUCAUUAUUUUCUGCACUACCACCACCCUUUGCCUUGUUUUUGUGCCAAAGUUGGUAGAACUGAAGCGGAACCCUCAGGGUGCCAUUGACAAAAGAAUUAGGGCAACUCUGAGACCGAUGGGACAGAAAAGAAGAGACUCUUCGGAGCUAGAGGAAAGACUGAGAGACGCCAAGAACCAAAAUCAAAGAUGUAGAACGAUCUUGCUCGAAAGAGAAGCGGAGUUACAAGUGUUGCUGAGACGACUAGGGACAGACGACAACCGACUGGCGCCCCCUCAGGCGGAGGUUGGACAACUCAGGAGGGAAGAAGAGUUUACAACGCAAGUGAGCAACGCGAGGCUGAACGUCUCCGCUCCCUCAGCAACAGAGACUACGGAUGUCAGCUCGCUCUGCUCCCUCAACUCCUCCCAGGACGGGGAGUAUGUCAACCUCAUUGACGCUCCUGCAGUUCAAAAGAAGAAGACCUCAUUCGGAGGGAAGAUACCAUCGAUAGCCGUGGAGGAUUCGGUGCCGCCGUCGCCGGGCCUGGCAGUGAUCUCUGAGGGUGGGGGUGGCACGAUGAGGGAGCGGAUGCCGUCACCGCCGCCCAACGCUAAGGCUGUCUCUUGGGAGGGUGAACCCCGCACUCCGGUGAUGUGCCAGGCAGCUCUCAGGCGAAGGUCCAGUGCCAGUCGACCUCCUGCGGCCCACACACCUCCGGCCCCUCGCCGCACCAGUGUGCCAGGUCGCCGCUCUCACCCGACCUUCGUGCACCAGGACGAGCUGUGGCUCACGCAGAGACACUGUAGACCCCGCUGUUUGCUCAAUAACGCCUCACCCCCAGAAGUAUCGGACGAGGAGGUGUCGGUGAUCCAGCGCUCAGUGUCCGAGCGGAACAGGGAGCGAGACAAAUGCUGCCACCGCCCCCUGAAGAAGCCCACCCCUCCCCACGUGCAGAGCACCCCUAACGUGUUGGCGGGGGCCGUGUCCGAGGGCGAACUGUUAGACCUAGCGAUCUUGCCGAUCUUUCAAAAACUGCUCACCGAGAGACGCGGGGCGGCGAUCGCCUCCUGUCCUAACAUUGCGAUCAAGUGUGAUAUCGUAGAGUACCUUUAACAGUGUCCAGUGCGUACGAUGGAGACUUUCUUUUUAAUUGGCUAGCGUGAGUAGUGUGGCCGAACUGACGAGGGACUUGAGUUGGUUCAAUAAAGCAAACUAAGGAAAUGUGUCGGACAGAGAUCAUUCAAUUUGCUCGUUUUUUUUUUCGGCAAAUUUUAACAAGUAAUCGGAAACAGAACACUACACUUUUACAGAGAUACAAAAUGUUAAACUUUAAAUAAGAAUAUUGCUUUUACUGAUCUCCAUAAUGCCGUACUCAAUCAAACAACCCUUGGCUAUAUGGAGAACUGAAUAAAAUCGAAUCGGAAUCAUUUUGCAUUCCUUUUAAAGUCAUUAGAAAAGAUCUUACUUAUAUGCAAGUUGUAUAAACACUGUCAUUCCGAGGUUAGGUUGUAAUACCGUUUUACAUUUCAAAAUCAAAGUUUUCUACUUAUAUACGAGUAUUUAUAAACUUACCAACGGAAAAAUUAUUAAAUCACAUUAAAUUUACCCAACAGCAAAAUAUGAAUAAUUUCUGUCACAGUGCACAUAAAAAUGUAGUUCAUAUGUUGAAAAUUUGUAUAAAAUAUUUUUACAAGUGAAUGGUACUUGCGAAGCGUGUGUGUCUUUUCACGUUUUAUUCUGUCCGUACACACUGUACAUGUGAUCAUUUUUAUCAACCUUGGUCAUUUUUAUAUUUGUGUGAAUGGAUUCAAGAGUUUUAUAAAUAUUUAAUCUGUUCAUUUCUGGGAAAUUAGAGAGGGUAAUCUGGGUAAUCUGUUCGAUGGCAUGUGUAGUAGAUAAAAGUUGUCUUGCCGGUUGUCAGAUUAAAAAUUACAUGUCUCGAACUUUGUAUUAUUUAUUUAUUAUGAAAAAAUGAGAGCUCUCGUUGUCUUCUCACCAGCCCGAGAGUACAACGAUAGCUAAAACUAUUACAUAGAGAAAUAGCAAAAAGUACUCGUGCGAUUACGUUUCUUAUUUUAAUUUCCGUUUUUCCAGUUUAGAAAAAAAGUAAAACCUAAAAUAUCCAAAGGCACAAAACAGAACUUGUGUGAUACACUGUUUUGUGCAACUCUUGAUUUCUAUUGCAAUAUUUAUUUACAAAAUAGGUAGAUCAGAUCUAGUUAUAUUGUCCUACGUUUUCUUUUUUAUAUUUUACUAUCGAUAUUAUUUGGCUGAUUCCUUUAUAUUUAUCUGAUUGUUUGUUGUUGCAGAUUAAACAUGUUUUAUUAAUCUUUGUUGUUAAAAUAAAAUAAUAAUUUGUCAUGCAAUUUAUUAAGCUGUUAUUGUAUAUCGUUUAAAUUUAUUUCCACACCAUACAAUUUAACGUGGUUAUUUCUACGGAUAUGUUUUAGGAGUACCCAUAAAUGGCAACAUAGAAAGCAAAGCAAUUUAUAACUGUUCAAUUAAGGAUGUUGAGUUACGUACCUGGUAGGCCGUAAUCCUAAUGUUGUGUUGUUAGAUAAUUAAUUAAGUAAGAAUACCUGCUGGUUGUGUUUAGGAUGACUGAAUCAAUGUUUUGAAUAAUACCCGUUUAGGUGGUUUGUUAAAUAAUUUACGUUUGUUGUUUCUUCUACUGUAUAUAAUAAAAUUCUACAUAAACAUUAGUUUAUCUUGUUGUUAUAAAAUACGUUGAAUUAAAAAAAAUCUGUUCAUAACCUAGCAAUAUAAAUUUAAUGUAAAGGUAAACGCAAUUUCUGUUCUUUGGUUUCUUGUAAACAACGAAAAUUUACGUUAUUUGACAAUGAAUUUGAGUGUGAAAAUGUUCUUACUUCUUGUGGGGGUAUAAGAAGCGACCUUUGUUGAUUUUAAUCUGUGAAGGAGACAAAUAUUAUUUAUUGUUAAAGUUCGGUAAUUAAAAUUGUAACUUUUAAUAAACUGCAUGGAAUUAUUGUGUUCUGAAAUAUUAGGCCGUACUGAUGUAACACAAAAGGUUAACGUAUAGGAAAUCUCAUAUAUUUGCCUUUCAUGGAAAUAUAAACCAAUGAAAAUGAAAGUGUUACAGAUUAAUAGAAUGUUAUAUUCUAAAUCAUUGUUGUCGCUUAGUAUAUUAAGUGUGUAGAAACAUUGGAAACGCUUAUUGGUUCUGUUAAUAGUUCAAAAAGGUCUUGACUUUAAAUUAAAUACUUUAAAUUUCGAAUUCAGAUAAUCUAUUAUUGUAUUGUAUUAUAUUAUAAUAUAUUUUCGUGUAUUGAAUGCAAACUGUUACUUAUCGGAGAUAAUAUGGUAUUUGUUCUGAUCCUUUAGGAGUAAGCAAUUUUCUUAGACAAAUAAAAACGGUCCCUUUUUGGCCAAAUGAA